GAAAGUCGCAAUGUCGCGCUUUAUAUUCGAGUCCUCGAUAGGCAUCGUCGAUGGAGCACACGGCAGCACCAUCAUAUCCUGGAGCUCGACUCACCUGGCGACACGCGCCAAGCCUUAUAUCUUGUCUACUCGACACGGCCCGUCAGCAACGCCCUCUGUCGGCGGGACAUUGUGCCUGCUCACCACGGGCCGACAACAACGCCAUUCGUCCACCGAGCCCUCCAGACCACCAGCAGCAUUCUCUGGGACAAAUUCCUGCAAGGAGCCACGACAAGUCAGCUGACCUUUCCGGACGCGCGCAGAGGCAUCUUGUUUUCUCUGCGCGUCGCCUUGUCUACCCACUAGCAACCGCCAUCAACUCCCGCUCACCUCUUCCUAAACACGCCGAGGCACGAUUCGCACGUCUGCCCAGCUCAAAGCAAUCCGCCACGAUGCGCGCAUACGCACGUCCAGAGGCUGCGGGAGGAGCGAGGUAGCAGAAAGGGUCUGACAAGAAUUGAAUUGUUGUACCUUGUCGCAGCUACAUCAUCACAGAUGUAGUUAAGAGUCGCGACUUGCACACGUUGUCAGCUCCGCG